UGAUUAUCACCAAAUUAGGAAACAAUGAAUGAACUUUUAUCAAUGUAUGUCACUCACUUUAGUUCCCCAUACAUAUAUACAAACAUGAAGGAAGGAUUGGGGGCAUUGUCUAUAUUUCUGCUAUUGCUGGUUGUGACUGUGGCUGGACAAGAAUGUCAAUGUCCCGCGUCACAGUGCCCGGAUGGCUGGGUUACAUUCCGAGGCUCCUGCUAUUAUAUCAGCGACAACAUUAGUGUAGACUGGACUGAAGCCAUUCAUCACUGCCAACAACACGGAGCAGAAUUGCUGAUCAUUGAAAGCAAAGACGAAGAUCUUUUCGUUAGAAGUUUACUCGAAAGGAUGUACAGGACUCCUUCCCAACAUCCCGGUCAGGAGUUUUGGAUCGGUGCCAAUGAUGAGAUGAUUGAAGGCAUAUGGGUGUGGUACAAAGAUGACAAACCUCUUCACUUUACUGGAUGGUACCCAGGACAGCCGGGAAGUGAGGGCGACGAGGACUGUGCAGUUAUUGCAAGCAGGAGUGAUAUAUUUAACGGAUGGCAUGAUGCCCCGUGUUCUGCCUUUCAUCAUCCUAUAUGUGAGAUCAGUGAAUCGCAGAGAGAGGUGGACAUAAUUGGACGAAGAAAAUGAACUCGUCAAACUCUUCCAUAUUGCAUAUCUCUUGUAUGAAAAAUAAUUUCUUAAAAGCUUAUACAUAGUUUUCCUUUUU